CACACCACAGUAACACGUGACGAAUACGAAUCAUGCCUACCGUCUUCUAACGCUAGUUUAUUUACGAAUACUGAAUAGCAAUGCUGAUGAAAACACAUUGUUUUCCUGACACUUUCUCAUAAAAUAAAUAUACAGAUAUGACUUGUAAUUGUUCUAAAGAUAUUUAUUCCCUGAAACUUAAUAAAUUGACCAAUUAAGCAAAGCUAAAGUGUUUAGUCAACCACACGAAUCUACUUGAAAGGUACUGAUUCUAAAAAUUCCCAAACUGUCUUUUUGAAGGAUAUUUUAGGUGUCUCCGUAUUUGUUAGGUAUUUGGUUGUGUGGGUAACUCUACAUCUCUUAUCCUAUUCACGUAGAUCACUGCUGAGGAUGUUAAUAACUGGUUCGCGUUGUCUGACGUCGAGUACUCAACGACCAGUUUGGAUGGUCGUUAAACCACAAACAAUGUUGACCAGCGAUAUGUUAUAUUGGUUUCUGUUAUAUCGAACAGACGGAUAUAUCGAGCUCCCCUCGAACUGAUUUCGACACUGCGGUAUCCAAAUGUUUUCGACACAGUCCUCCUAGAACUGUGAUGCCUCUGACACAGUCUGUACUCUGUCUCUCUGUAUAAUACACAUUCAUCACAUGCAUUCACUGCUUUGCUCAUUCUCACAUUUAUGGUGUUUACACAGUGGUAAUCUGGACAACCAUACAUGCGUCAGUUAUCACAUAUAUUUACUCAAUGACGCUGCUCACAAGUAGAUAAAUAUGCUGAAUAACGUAUUCAGGAUCAUAAACAUGUAUACCAAAAGGUUCCGCUUUCUAUGCAUCGUGUGCCGGCGCUUUGAAACACACGUUCACGUUUUUUCCUCAUGUUUUACUUCCUAUUACCUACAACUGAUAUCAGCAUCUCGUUGACGUAACGCCAUUAGCCCUCCUCCUCCACCAUGUCGGUUGUACUUCACAGUGGCGGGAUCCUUGGCUUCUGUAUAGCCCAAGGACUUUCAAGUACCGCGGUUCCCACACAGACGCGGACAAUCUGCUCUGGUAAGUUCGGUCCGAUGUGCUCCCUGACCUGUGGUCAUUGUGUGGAUGACGAGCCAUGCCACCAGGACACGGGCGUCUGUUUGAGAGGCUGCCAGGAUGGUUUCACUGGACACAGCUGUAAGGAGACGCUGGACUCGACCAGCCCCUUCCAGGCCGGACUAGCUGGCGGGGUUGUCAUGGUGGUUGCUGUCCUGGUCAUCGCUGCGAUUGUUGUAGGUGCUCACUAUCUGUGGAAGAAAAGACAGAGAAGCAGAGAAAACGGGAACCUUGAAUCAGGAUCACCUCCGUCUAAGGCUAAAGUGUCAACACGCAUCUUGUCCGUGUUCAGGAAGGGUAGUGACAACAGGAACACGUAUGUGGACGAGGAGUUGGUAAAAGGAGCACGGGGACAAAACACAACUGACACGAAGCAAAAAUCAGAAAUGACGUCAACACAGCCCAAGACUGUUGCCUUCGCAGACGAAGCUGGAGCCAACAGCGUUGAGGACAAGAGCGCUCAGAAGGGUUCAACACAGGCAAAAGCUGCCCCAGUUGCUGCAGACGACAUGUAUGAGGUACCGGUCACCCCCGACAACCUGAAAGUGGACAUGAACGUGGACAUGCCCGGCGACCACAACGUGGAGGACAGCGAGGGUAAGGUUGAGGAUCCAACUCAGGAUACCUGGUACGAUGUGCCGCCUCCUCCUCUGCCGUUUACUGAAGAUAUCUACCUCAACGUGGGCAACACAGAAGAUGUAGAUGACGCCGCCUCCAGGAGUGAUGAUUCUUCCUAUGAGAUACCUGUCUCAUCAUUGACUGGCCAGAAUCAGGCUUAGACUGGGAACUGCAGUUCCUGUACAUGUGUGAUAUUGUAGCUACUUAUGAAGUGAGGUGGAUUGGAGAUCUCAACAGAGAUCUAUCGCCCAGUGGUUUAAACGAUCACUCAUUACGAUGACUUCAUCUCCAACAUCGGUUCAGUUCGUACAACAAUAAUUAUUAUUGUCCUAUGAAUAUUAAUACUGAACUGUUAUUAGUGUUUUGUGUCUACAAGGGGGAAAUAUUGUGACGUUCUCCGGGAUUUCUCCACAAUUUCCACUGAAUAAUCCAUGUAUAUCCCAUUGCUCUGUUAUUGUGUACACUUAUCUCAUUUAGUUUUGAAUUAUUUGUGAAUGCCAUUUGGUUAUUUUCUUCUAUGCGGUUAGAUAGCUUCCUGCAUGUGACUGAAUAGUUAUAUCUACAGAAUAUAACACUGUGAGCUCAAGGUGUGUUUUUGCACACUGCAUGUACUGAGCUACGUUCCUAUCCACAGGUCACAGGCUCAUUGUGUGUCUUUGUGUGUCCACGAAAUGGUGGUCAGUGGAACAUCCACAAUAACAAUGUGCAACUGACCAGUCACUGCCCAUUCAUUUGGACGUACAUCAUCAUGUUGUACCAGCAGGACGUUGGGGUAGCCUAGUGGUUAAAGCGUUCCCUCGUUCGCAGAAGACCGUGUUCGAUUCCCCACAUGGACACAAUCUGUGAAGCCCAUUUCUGGUUUCCCCCGCCUCGAUAUUGCUGGGAUAUUGCUAAAAGCGGCGUAAAACCAUACUCAUUCAAUGUGGUCUGUCUCUAGCCAGCCAUUCAUUACUUACUUCGUCCCUGUUGGGACAUAAUCCUGCAACCAUUCAUUAGUGCAUGUGUGGGUGUAGGUAGCAAAUAUUAUAAUGUCUCAUAUAAUCAAUAUGCUCUCAUUGAACAGAUGGUCAUGGUGACAUGAUCAGACCCCGUAUUCGUAUAUUCCUACCUAACGGAUUUGUUUAUGUGAAAUAAUCUUUCGUUUAACGUAUUGUAACAUUAUUCUUUGAAGAUUAACCUAUUGUAUACAACCGAAUAUUUUGUGGUUGUUCUCGCUAGUUUGUAUUCAGUGGAAUAAAAAAAUAUAAGCUUA